GUAAAAUUACACACUACUAAUCAUAGGACACAAAAAUCAAUAAAUGGGCUAACCACAGUGGAAAUUGAAAACAUUCUUUCUUUUUGGGAUUAUUUAGUGCACUGUUAACAGAAGGCUUUCAAUUUAUGUGUAUUGUAAAGUGCUAAUUGAUAUUGACUUAUCUGAACUGAAACUUAAGAAUCAUCACACAAUGUAUGUGCUAUACAAACCAAUGGUUCAACAAGGAGAAAGUGAGGUACACAAACAGACUGAACAGGUCCAGCCUUCAACUUCAGGGAUACAGUUAGACUUAAGACCAUAUAAUCAGCCACUAGACAUUAGAUCACAAACAAUUCUUCAGACUCAGCUGCCUAGUGGAUUAUCAAGUUCAAGUCAAAUACAACCCUUUCUACAAAGUCAGCCAUUUAUUCAGAGUUUUCCAUCUCAAGGUCAAAUGCAACAUGUGAUUCAAGGACAACAAGCAGUUCAAGGUACAUAUGUCCAAGUGGGACAGCAGCUGUUUCAGGUGCAGCCAAUGGUUACAGGUCAAAAUCUAGGACACCCACUUUCAACAGAUGUAAACAAUGCAAAUCUUUCUGUUAAUAUUGGUCAGAUUUCACCAGUUCUAAAUAUUAAUUCAUCUAAUUAUCCAUCUCAGAGACAAAUUAUUACUCAUAUCAAGUCUGAACCAGUUAGCAAACAGCAUACAAAUAUUCCCUCAUUAUUGGAAAUUGAAAAUACUGUAAAUAUUAAAACUGAAGUAUUAGACCCAGAAUAUGAAAAGCAGGGUAGUGCUAAUUCAACUGAAGCUAUUGCAAAUACAAACCUAAAUUCAGGACAAGUGUAUCCUACGGGUUUAGUGACAAAUGCUUGUAUGUUGAAUGAUCAAAGCGGUAAAGAAUCAUAUGACAAUACAGACACUCAAACACACCUUUUAGAUAAGGAACAAACUCAUAUUGACCUAAACUCCAAGGAAAACUGGAUGGAUAAGGCUUUAACUCAUUGGAAAAAAUGGGCAAUAAGUAAACAAAAAAAUCUGGCGAGUAAAGGUUUAACCUGCACAGGUUUUACAGAACUGAUUAAAUGCGUUAGGGGUAAAAAACAGUUGCUUGAACUAGUGUUUGAAUUUGCCUUUGAUUUGGUCGAUGAAAAUGGAAAAACCUAUUCAUGGGAUUAUAUGUCAAAAAUAAUAUCAAUGCUUGAAGAGGGAAGUAAAGAAGCGUUACGAUGGAUUGAUGUAAAAAUGCUUUAUGUAGCUAAAACAGCUUAUACAGCCCGUAAAAAGGAUAUAGCUGAUGAAAUUAUGAUUAAAAAAGUAUCAGAAAUGAAACCACAACAGAAACCUGUUUUGCAGCAGCUUAAACCAAUUUUACCAAAACCAAAUUCUUCUCAAAAUUCAUGCAGUUCAAAUGAAGAAAGUUCUACAUAUUUGAAAACUGAUUUAAUGGAAAAAGAUUCAGAAAGACAUGAUUUUCAGGCAAAUUAUGAGAAUGAUGAAACAGCUAUGGCCAGUACAAAUGUGACAAAAAACACCAGUAACAAUGUAUUAAAUUGUAAUGUUACAAGCAGUUCAAAUUGGCCAUCCUUAUUCGAAAAAUGUAAUAGACAUGAUAGAAAGAAGAGAGAAAGAGAUGCAGAAACUAGCUUAGAAGCUUUGGUUAAGAAAAUUAAAAAAGAGCCAAUAGAAAAUACUGACAUUGAAAUCUAUUCAAAAGAAAAACCAGUUGAAAUCACAAGUGAUGAGACUUCCACUGUAAUUCAUGCUAAUCCUAAUGAAACUAUUACUUCUACUGGGGCUCCUGAAAACUUGUUAUAUACCAGAGUAAAUACAUGUAAUAUGCAGGGCGUUAUACCUUCUGAAAUCAUAAGCCAAGGACCAUUCUGUAUUGAAAGCGUGACUUCUCUAGCAAAUGAACCAUCUGAUAAUGUUCCUGUUGAUAGAUAUCAUUUUUUAGGAGGCAGAGAUCCUGACAUAAAUAAAUCUUCUGCAGCUGACAAUGUAGAUGAUACCUCAACAUCAAAGAACAUCGCUGUGAACACAGAUAUUGAGCCGAGUAACUCAUCUGUUCCAGGGAACACCUUGAAAAAUAAUAACUGGGCAAAUAACACUUGGAAUGAUUGGGCAAAAGCUAGAAACAAGGCUAAUGUAGAUCCAGAUUGCAAACCUGUACCUUUACUUCACAGUGUGUACAAAAAUGUGACUGAGGAAGAAUUGAAUGAUUUACUGAUUAAAUUUAUACAUGAAGUAAGGAAUAGUGCUGGUGCUCCCUAUCCUCCUAAUUCAAUAAGGUCAUUAAUUGCUGGAUUUCAGCGCAUUUUCAGACGUUCAGGUUGGACUAAUUUAAGCUUGUUUGAUUCCACAAAGAAAGAGUUUUCUAAAUUUCAUAAAGCAUUAGAUGAGCGAUGUAUUGAAUUGAUAAAACAGGGUAUUGGAGUAAAAAAGAAGCAGGCACAAAUGAUAACGGACCAACAAGAGCAAGUUUUGUGGGAUAAAGGAGUGUUCAGUCUUGAUAUGUCAUGGGGUUUGUUAUAUGCAGUGUAUUUUUACACUUGUAAAGUUUUCUGUGUUGGACCAUCAUAUGAACUCUGGAAGCUGCGUGUUAGUCAGUUUUCAUUUGGCGAAGAUGAAACUGGGAAAUAUGUCCAAUUCACCUCUAGAAUUGUCUCAUCCAAGAAGUACAAACCAGUUAAACAAUAUAAAUGUGAAGACAAUCCUCGUACUUAUUAUAACUUGCUGGAAACAUACAUAUUGAUAAUUCCUAAAGUAAAUGAUAUUUUCUGGUUUCGUCCUUCACGAGAUUUUGUUGGCUUACCGAUAAAUAAGAGUAGAUUAGUAUUUUCAAGAUGUCCUUUAGGGAAAAACAUGUUGGACAGUUUGAUCUCAAAAAUGAUGAAACAGGCUGGCUACAAGGGAUAUUACACUAAUCAUUCAGUCAAAGCAACCAUGGCAGCAAAAAUGUUUAAACAAGGCUAUCAAGAAGAAUUUAUACAAGAAAGGACAGGCCACUCGUCAACAGUUGCAGUGAAAAAGUAUAAUAAAGGAAUUCGUAAUGCAGAAGCAGUAAGGGCAGACAUCAGUAGCACACUGGAUCCUCCACCACCUAAAAUAGUUAAACAAUUACAUAUUGUUAAUAAUGAAUGCAAAAAUACCACUGUGGGAAUUACACAGUUCAAAGUUGUAACACUACCAAAAGUACCAGAGAAACAAAGUGAUAAUCUACAUGAAUUAGAAAACCAGACCAAAUCUUACGAAGAUGUCCAGGCAAGUUCUAAGAUCUCGCAACAGGAAAUUGAAAUUCUUCAGAGAGAGAAAGAUAAACAAAACAAAGAGAUACUUAUCCUUAAAAAGACAGUUGACGAAAUGGAACUUAGAAUAGAAACUCAAAAACAAACGUUAAGUGCUAGAGAUGAGAGUAUGAAAAAACUGUUAGAAAUGUUACAAAGUAAAGGAUUGUCGGUACAAAAAAUAGAGGAUAACCAACAGGAAGUAGAACAUUUACAGACACGACAGUUAGAGGACGAUCGAAAAAUUAAACAGUUACAAAAUACUAUCAGUCAGAAUGAAUUAGAAAUGUCCAAAGUAAAAGAGGAAAACAGUAAACUGUCAGAUGAAUUGAAACACAGUAAACUUCAAUUAAAACAGCAACCUUCCAGUACCCAUACUAUGCAGGCUAUCUUAGAAGCCAAGGAUUCUAGAAUCUCAGCAUUAGAGAAAGAGGUUCAGAGUUUAGAGGAUAGAUUAAUGACCCUACAAGAAGAAGGAAGUAUUCACUAUGAUAGAAAGGAUAAAGAUGCUGUAUCCAGUAGUAGGGAGAAGACCCUUAAAGCUGAAGUAGAUCUGUAUAAGAAGGAAACAUCUAGGAAAGACAAAGAACUGUUAGGUCUGACCAUGAAGAAAGAAACAUUAGAAAACCAGCAGACAGAACACCAACAAUACAUACAUCUUCUGAAGGAACAAAUUACUGCUAAAGAUCAACAGGUUGUCAUGUUACAGAGUGAUUUAGAAGAUUUAAGAGACAGAGUGAAAGAUAAAGACUCAACAAUUGACAGAAAAGCUCAGAAGUCUCAGUCCCUUCAGUCAGAGAAACGAAAGAUUGAAACAGAGGUCUCUGAACUGAAGGAACAACUAGAAAUUAAAGACAGAAGAAUAUCUAAUUUACAAAUACAGAUUGAUUCACUAGAGUCAGCUGUUAAUGAAAAAGAAACAGAAUUGAGGGAUGCCACUACAAAGUUAGAAUCUCAGGAAUCUGAUGAUAAAAUACAGAUGUUAGAAGAAUCUCUGAGUGAAAAGGACAAACAAAUAGACAGAUUAAAAGAACAAAAACAUCAAUCAGAAAGAGAACAUCAAGAAGAAUUAGACGUAUACUCUAAAGCUAGUCAGGACAUUAAGACUCGACUGGAUUCUUUACAAUUAGAGUUUAACGAAAAACAGACAGAGUUAGUGGAUUUACGAGAACACUCAACAGAGGCCCAAUCAGUGAAGUUUGAGGCAGAUUCUAAGAUACGACAACUGGAAAGUAGUCUUGAUGAUAAGACAUCAGAGGUGGAGAAACUUAAUGUUCGUAUUGAGGAGUUGAAAGGUGCUAUUCCAGAAACAAAGGCUGCUGAGGAAUUGCAGAAACAAACUAGUGAUUUAUCUAGUCAGUUGGAAACAGCCCGUAAUGAGGCUAACAAAGCCCAGGAGGAGGUGGAUAGACUUGUAGGAGUUGUCAAGGAAACGGAAAAUGAGAAAAAUGACAAGGAAAAUCAAAUCAAGGAAUUACAAGAACUUAUGAAGGAAUACAAACAGAAAGUAGGAACUCUAAAAAGAAAACAAAGCAUGGAGAAAAAGAACAGUGCUACCAUGCUUGAGGAGGCUAGAAAGAGAGAGGACAGUUUGUAUGAUGAUGCUACACAGUUAGAGGAUCAUAUGAAAUCUAAGAAUGAUAGAAUAGAGGAAUUGGAGGAGGCUCUGAAAGAAAGUGUGAAAAUAACAGCUGAGAGAGAAAUGGUGAUGGUGGACUUACAAACACAGCUGGAAGAGGCUGAAAGAAAGGUAGAUGAAUAUACAAUGGAUCUAGUCAAGGCAAAGUCUGAGAACUUGGGAAAAGUGGAAAAAAUGACAAAAAUUAUGGAAGAUAAAGAUAUCAAGUUAAAAAAAUUACAUGCAGAAAGACAUAAACAUCUGGAAGAAGUAUUUGAAAUGAAACAAGAGGCCAUUCUUGCUGCCAUGAGUGAAAAAGAUGCCAACAUUGCACUGUUAGAAAUGACAAGUUCUAAAAAACAGAACUAUAAAGAAGAAAUAGAGAAACUUAAUAAUGACAAAGAAAAGUUACAACAACAGCUAAGUGAUGUGACUCAUAAUAGAAUGAAAUUGAUCCAAAAACAAGAAAGAAGAGAAGAAAGGAAGAAAUCAUCACUACCUCGUAAAAAGAGAGAGAGUCCCCUGGAGGCUCCUGAAUCUCAACCAGUACUAGAGCAACCUCCUGCGAUAGAACAGACAGAUUCUUGACAUCUCUAGUCUCCAUAGAUUUUGUUUUAAAUUUAUGUUGCCAUCAGUAUUAAUAACAUGUAUGAAGGAUCAGAAAUACCCAUGCAUGUAAGGAAAGGAAAAGGAGGGGAAUUUCUUUCUAUGGAAAGAGAACUUGUACAACUUAGUUCUGAAAUCUUUAAAAAUUAUGUAUACUUUGAUUAAUUGUAUUAGUAUGAUCUUGUCUUAAAUUUAGUGGCUUUAAGAUUUCUUUAAAAAAAUUAAUACAUGAACAGAUUAAAAAAAUUAUCCUCUGUAAAAUGACCAGACAUUUAAAAAAUCAUUUUUUACUUCAAAAUAAAAACAAGAUUUAUA